GCUCAAGCCUCAGAAUCCUUUGUUGAGAUUCUUAUAAAAUGGCCGGGGAUAAUGAAUGACAGCUUGUGUUAGUCUAGACGAUGCAUCUGAUGAAAAUUUGAUACAAUCUGGGAAUGGAGGAAUCUGAUUUUUAGCGUUCUAUGAGGCAAAGGGAAAUUUAGAACAGAACAGUUAUGAUGAAAACGAUGGAUAACUAUAGCAGAAGGUUACAAAACCAUAAAAUUUCUUAUUUAACUCGUAAGCAAACGCCAGUUGUUUACCCUUGGAGAUCAUCAUCCGUUUAUGUACAUUCUACGACGUCUAUUCCAACAGAAGCGAAAUGGAAUAAAUGGUUUGACGAACACCAAUCACUUGCAUUGGGAAUUUCUAGUUUCCUGAUCGUAAUUUUAUUAAUUGUAACUUUUUGUUGCUGUCGACGAUGCUGUUGCAGAAAAGAUAAAAAACAGCAAGCGAAAAGUGGUUUAGCAAAUCAUGAAUUGUCCAUGUCACACGAUGAAUAUCCUUUACCUCGUUGGAGAAAGUCUGCAGUGCAGCCAAAACAAAACAAGCAGAAGGAAAUUAAAGAACUUGGGAUAAUUCAUUUCUCACUAAAAUAUGACAAACGAAGAUCACAAUUGAACGUGAAUGUAUUACGAGGAGAGGACUUUCCACUAAUAUCAUCCAGUAAUGUGUCAUUUACCUACGUUGUCGUCGAACUACAACCGUUUUCGCAGAAAUAUGAAGCUAAAGCCCAAACACGCUAUGCGCGAAAUAGUAUUUCUCCCCUCUUUAAUGAUACCAUUAAUUAUCAAAUACCAAUCGAAGAGUUGCAAGGACAAUCAUUACUACUCUGUGUCUACGACAUCAAUCAUCUUUCCGCUCAUGAUCUUAUUGGAAGUGCGAGGGUAAAUAUCGAUGGAAAUUUCUUGGCAACUGGGGCUGAAAGAAUUUAUAAGGAGAAUCUGAGGUUUGAAGAAGAUAAUUCCCAGUCAUUUGGGGAGAUUCUGGUUGGUUUACGCUGGAAGAAGGAUAAACAAACACUCGACGUUACAAUUCAGGAAGCUUCAUGCCUCAAAAUAAUGGACCAGGAUAAACGUACGUCAAGUCCUUACGUGAAAAUACAGGUGUACAUCAAUUCCUUUCUUGUUCUUAAAAAACGAACCAAAGUAGAGAAAAGAACGCUCUAUCCAAAGUUUAGAAAAACGUUCAGUGUUCAAGUUCCUGGUGAAAAUCUGAUGCGAGACACUCAACUAGUUUUAACUGUAAAACAUGUUGCUAAGUUCAGAAAAAAACAGGUCAUUGGUCAAAUAUAUUUUGGACUUGACGGUAAAGCGAGUACUUCUGAGCAAUGGGAAAUUAUUAAAAAGAGCAGCGAGUAUAUUGAAAUGUGGCAUGAACUGGAUGCACCACUCGACACCUCAACAUGGCAGUCAAGAAGGUCUAAAGUAAAUUAUUUAUUAUUUGAAGAUAACAACAGCGAUGAUAACCUAAGCUUGGCAGAACUAUCAGAUCGUUCUGAUUCGCGUUCAGACUCUGCUUUACUGCGCUACAGUCGUUCCUUCUAAAAUUUUCAAUGUUAUUGUAAAUAUAAGCACGUAUUACAUAUCCAGGGCAUAUGAAAUCACUUGAAUGAAUGGCAUUAAAUGAAUACUUAAA